CUCAUCUUCAUCUGUUUGUGGAUUCUUUUAUUGUUUGUUGUGCAAGUAACAAAGAUCAAGAUGAAUUCAAGAUUCUCUCUUCUUCUGUUCUUGUUCUUGGUCAUAGUUUCUCAAUCAAAAUCUUCCAUCUUCAAAACCUUCCCCGGUAAUCUCUCUCCCAAAUCUCCUCUUUCCUCAGUCGUCCUCCCUCUCUCCGGCAACGUCUUCCCUCUCGGAUACUACUCUGUCUUACUUCAAAUAGGAAACCCUCCAAAGGCAUUUGAAUUUGAUAUUGAUACUGGUAGUGAUCUCACUUGGGUUCAAUGCGAUGCUCCUUGCACUGGUUGUAAUUUGCCUCCUAAACUUCAGUACAAGCCUAAAGGAAACACUGUCCCGUGCUCAGACCCGAUUUGUUUAGCACUUUACUUUCCUAACAAUCCUCAAUGUCCAAACCCGAAAGAACAAUGUGACUAUGAAGUUAAUUAUGCUGAUCAAGGUUCAUCAAUGGGUGCACUUGUUAUUGAUCAGUUUCCUUUUAAACUCCUAAAUGGCUCGGCCAUGCAACCUCGUUUAGCAUUCGGGUGUGGUUAUGAUCAGAGUAACCCUAGUGCACAUCCUCCGCCCGCGACUGCUGGAGUUUUGGGGCUUGGGAGAGGGAAAAUUGGUCUCUUGACACAGCUUGUGUCCGCAGGACUAACGAGAAAUGUUGUUGGACAUUGCCUAAGUUCUAAAGGUGGAGGCUAUUUGUUCUUUGGAGACACUCUCAUUCCUUCCCUUGGUGUGGCCUGGACACCAUUAUUAUCACCAGACAACCACUACACGACUGGACCAGCCGAGCUUCUUUUCAACGGAAAGCCAACAGGUUUAAAAGGACUUAAACUCAUCUUUGACACCGGAAGCUCAUACACUUACUUCAACAGCAAGACAUACCAAACAAUAGUUAACCUGAUCGGAAAUGAUCUGAAAGUCUCACCGUUGAAGGUUGCGAAAGAAGAUAAGACCUUACCAAUCUGCUGGAAAGGAGCUAAGCCCUUCAAAUCUGUUCUUGAGGUCAAGAACUUCUUCAAGACCAUAACAAUUAACUUUACCAAUGCCAGAAGAAACACUCAGCUCCAGAUUCCACCCGAAUCUUAUCUCAUCAUCUCUAAAACUGGUAAUGCCUGCUUGGGACUACUAAAUGGAAGUGAAGUAGGAUUACAAAACUCCAACGUAAUCGGAGAUAUCUCUAUGCAAGGGCUACUGAUAAUCUACGACAACGAGAAACAACAACUCGGAUGGGACAGAGCUGUCUGGAUUGCUAACCGUAACAAUCCAAUCUCGGAACGCUCUGGAAGCCUCACAGUGGAUUCACUUGGCAGAUUGAGGAUUUUAAGAGGAGCAUCAAGUCUGCUUGAGCUAAGCUCUACGGAAACCAGAAGAAACACAACCCUUAAGCUUUUGGAUUCUGGAAAUCUUCAGCUCCAAGAGAUGGAUUUUGAUGGAUCUAUGAAGCGGGUUUUGUGGCAAAGUUUCGAUUAUCCGACAGAUACCCUUCUUCCUGGGAUGAAACUCGGUUUCGACGUCAAGACUGGGAAGAGAUGGGAACUGACAUCAUGGCUAGAUGAUACUAUACCUGCUUCUGGAUCUUUUGUCUUUGGGAUGGAUGCUAAUAUUACAAACAGAUUGACUAUCUUGUGGCGUGGAAAUACGUAUUGGACAAGCGGGCUCUGGUAUAAAGGUGAUCAGAACGAUGCCAUAACAUUUUUUCCCACCAUAAUGAUAGACCAACAAGGCAUUUUGCGUAGAGUGCAAAUGCAUCAGCAACGUAACAUGCAAAAUUCUAGGAACCGGAAUUGUUUGGCCGCAGGUUACAUAGUUUCGGAUGAGCCAUAUGGGUUCACUUCUUUCAGAGUGACAGAAUCUUCUUCCUCAAGCAAUGGUUUUGUACUUAAUGAGACUAGUGGAAGGUUUAGUUUAGUUGAUUGCAGUGCUAUAUGUGUGCAAAACUCCUCUUGUCUUGCCUAUGCUUCAACCGAUCUUGAUGGUACGGGUUGCGAAAUCUGGGAUACUUAUCCUACCAACAAAGGGUCGUCUUCUCAUAGUCCUAGAACUAUAUACAUCCGUGUAAAUGGUCAAGAGAACAAAAAAGUGGCAGCCUGGCAUAUUGUUGUGGCAUCACUGUUCCUAAUGAUACCUAUGAUUUGGUUUAUAAUCUAUCUUGUGUUGAGGAAAUUUAAAGUAAAAGUAAGUGUUUUAUUUCGUGGAAUAUACUACUUUCUAUGGAGAGAAAUCACUCCACAAGUGAUUGGUUUCAUACGGAGGAGACUUUUAUCAAUGAGGUUUGGUUCAACAAUAGACCAAGAAAUGCUACUACGUGAAUUGGGAAUUGAUAGGAGACGCCGACACAAGAGAAGUGAAAGGAAGAGUAAUAACGAGCUUCAGAUUUUUAGCUUUGAAAGUGUAGUCUUGGCAACAGAUGACUUCUCCGAUGAAAACAAGCUCGGUGAAGGAGGUUUUGGUCCUGUAUAUAAGGGGAAGUUAUUAGAUGGGGAAGAAGUGGCUAUCAAAAGACUAUCUUUGGCAUCUGAAGUGUAUCUUGUUGAUGAUAAGCUGUGUAGAGACACUUCAUGGUUGCAUUUAGCGAUAGUGUUGCUGCUCUUAUUUGGUUCACUUCCAAGACCGCCAGAAGUUCCCUCUAAUGCCGUGUAUAUACUUCAGAACUCGAUCUAUAGAUAUGUAGGCUGUGGAACUCUCUGUGAUGUUGUAGUUAUUGUGGAAGAAGACAAGCAUGUUGCAGUCAUGUUUCAUGGAAAAUCAAAAGUUGCAGCAGCUCUUCUCACCAACGAUGAUUUUGCUCUUUUACUUCGUAACGACGUUAGCUUUAUUGGACAAGAGCGUCUCAAGACCACGACCACCAAAAAUGUAACUUCAUCUAAGCCAAUAUUGACACAUAAUGCUACUGAAGAUGGAGAAUAUGUUAGACAGUGGAGUGCGUUUGAUGUUGAUGCUCAUUACAGUGUCACUCAUCCCCCAAGAAUCUCUCAUUACAGUGGAAUGCGUUUGAUUUUAAGAUCUGAAAACAUGCACAACAAGAGUCUUGACUACUUCCUCUUUGAUCCCUUGAGGAAAAACGUUUUGGAUUGGACGCUGCGGAAGAACAAUAGCUUCCACCAUGACUCAGAAGGACCUUUGAAUCUCAUAGUUCAUGUGUGGAAUCUGUUUAAAGAGAACAAAAUUCGCGAGGCGAUAGAUCUAUCUUUGGGAGAUUCUGUUCUUGAUUACCCUCAAGUGUUGAGAUGCGUUCAAGUUGCUCUGUUGUGUGUACAAGAAAACGCAGAAGAUAGACCAAGUAUGUUAGACGUUGUGUCGAUGAUAUAUGGCGAAGGAAAUAAUGCUCUUUCUUUGCCUAAAGAGCCUGCUUUCUAUGAUGGUCCCCGGAGAAGCUUUCCAGAGAUGGAGGUUGAGUCACCGGAGCCGGAAAAUGUAUCCCCAAAUAUUACCAUCACGGUGAUGGAAGCAAGGUGAAUUGAUACCAAGAAAACUGAUAUAUUGUAGUAUGUGAAUCUCAUUGUUACUUGAAAUGUUUUACUUCGUUUAAUAAGGUAUAUACACGGAU